GUGGACUUGGGCGUUGUACUCCGCAUCUCAUUUGCGGCGGGGCCAAUUUCUCCAUUUACAAACUCCGCUCGAGGAAAAAAUUGAAAGAAUUUUCUUUCGCAGCGUCGCUACAAAUUUUUUUUACGCGUCUCUUUGCGGUCACUUUGAUUUCGAGCUGAUUCCUCGGCUUGCGAGAAAAGGAGGUGUCGGCGUUUGACUUGAUUUUUUUUGGGGGAAGGAAGCUUGCGGUCUUUGUUCAUUCAUUUGAUCGGUUGGGUUCCUUUGUUGGAACAAAAGCAUGGGAGCGCAAAUAUCCAAAACCGCUGGAAAAGAGGAGGCUGCGGUGGAAAAGCCGGCAGAAGGCGCGGCCGUCGCAGCGAAGGCAAACGGACAGGAGAAUGGCCAUGCCAAGACCAACGGGGACGCCUCUCCAGCUGCAGAGGAAGCCAACAAAGCUGAUGUGCAGGCCAAUGGAAGCACCCCCACCGAGGAGGCGCCAAAAGAAGACGGCGAAAAAGUAGAGGCUGCCGAGGCCAACGGAGAGAAGGAGCCCGUGGCCACGAACGGAGAGGCUUCUGCCAAGCCAGAGGAGGGCACUCCGUCCACCAGCGAGGACGGCAAGCAGAAGAAAAAGCGCUUCUCCUUCAAGAAGCCCUCUUUUAAGCUGAGCGGCUUCUCCUUCAAGAAGACCAAGAAGGAGUCUGAGGAGGCGGCGGAGGACGGAGCGGCGGCGGCGCCAGAGGCGGAACCAGCCGAAGGGGAGAAGGCAGCAUCAGAGGAGGCUGCUGCUGAUGCUACUGCUGCUGCUGCUGAAGAAGAGGCCAAACCCGCUGAGGCUGCCGAGGAGGGAGCCAAAGAGGCUGCAGCCGAGGAGCCCAAGGCGGAGGAGGCGAAGGCAGAGGAAGCGGCGGCAGGAGAGGAGAAACCAGCCGAAGCCUCGCCUGCUGGGUCCGAGACGGCAGCCAGCCCAGAGGCCGCCGCCACCGCCGAGUAAUCCUGCUGAGCGAGACACCGGAAUGAAGGAGACGAUGUAGCCCGUCUGAAGGAAUGCGAGGACUUGUCUAAAACCAGGGAUUUUCUUUUGUUCAUUUUUUUUGUUUUUGUUUUGUUUUGUUUGUGUUUGUUUACUACUCUGCAACCAUCUCAUCCAUAAUGACUGCAAUGUCCCUGGCAGUGAUGGACAGGAGGUGUAGUGGAGAGUGUGCUGCUUCCUCACUGCUCAUUGGUGCUUGCAUUUGUGACAUGGGUGAGUGUGAAAGUGCGAAUGUGAGUGGGAAUGUUUUUCUACAUGAAACCAUGACUGUCAACACGUUGCUGAAUUUGACAUAUAUUUAAUCCAAGUAUUUGGUGCUGGGCAAUUGGAUGUAGCAGCUAAAGCUGUGUCUGCAAGAUCUGACACAUUGUGAUAUUUAAAGGGAAAGUCCAAGUCUUAAAUGUUGUCUUUGCAGUGCACAGUUGUUUACAACUCUUUAUGCUCAACGCUCCUGUGGACACGAAUCAUUCCUGAACUAGAUUUAGUAAACUGUCAAAACAAUAGGUGCUCGUCACUUUCCAUUAGGUCCCAACAUUUCCAAACUCUGUAGUAAUGCACGUUGUAUAGACUUUGAUAUUACUGGUUUUAUGACUGAGAUGUACCUAAAUGACUGAAGUUUUUAACAGAUUACCCAUUGUAAAUGAAGUUUUCUUGUUUUUCACCAUUUGUAAGAUUGAAUAAAAUUGGGAGAUGUUUUAAGCAAAUGUUGCAUCAAGCUGUGAUGACUACAACACCACUUGAAAUUGACACUAUAUGAAAGCACACACAUUCGGGACAUAGGGAUACAGUCUUUAAACGGCAUUUCUUUGUAUAUAAGGAGGCUCAACUUAUUCAGUAUGGAAUGUAACAUUGAUUGCAAAACUGGUAUCAAGGUGUUUGGUUUAUUUCUGUGAGUACUGCUGAAGAAUAAAGCAAUGAAAUGUAAA